AUUCUAUCGCCGGAAGCUUGUGUGUGUGUCAUCAUCAGUCAGCGUCUGGUGAGGGUGGGAAAGAGGUUUGAUCCGUUGAGCGAAGAUGGCGCCGUCACCCACAAAAAAAAAGGAUCGCUCAGACGACAAGGUGAAGGAGCGGGGGACCAAGGUGGGGGUGAAGGAGGGAGGGGAGAAGGACCGUGGCAGAGAAAAAGCACACAAGCGUCGCAGUGCUUCAACUGGGAGCAGCAGCAGGUCUCGCUCCAGCUCCAGCUCCAGCUCCAGUUCAGGAUCCAGCUCUGGCUCCUCCAGUGGUUCAAGCUCCUCGUCUGCGUCCAGCCGCUCCGGCUCCUCCAGCAGUUCACACAGCUCCAGCUCCAGCAGCACCUCGGUCUCCCCCAGCCGUCGCCGCCGUGACAACCGCCGCAGCUCCCGCUCCAAGUCCAAAUCUGUGAAGAGAGAGGAGAAAGAGAGGAAGAGGAGGAGUCCAAGCCCCAGGCCCUCCAAGGUUCAUGUCGGCCGGCUUACGAGAAACGUCACCAAGGAGCACAUCAUGGAGAUUUUUGCGACUUAUGGGAAGAUAAAGAUGAUCGACAUGCCUGUAAAUAAACUCCAUCCCCACCUGUCAAAGGGUUAUGCCUACGUUGAGUUUGAGACCCCAGAUGAAGCAGAGAAGGCACUCAAACACAUGGAUGGAGGUCAGAUAGAUGGUCAGGAGAUCACAGCGUCGGCAGUGUUGACCCCCCGGCCUAGGCCACCCCCUCGCAGACUGACCCCCCCGCGUAGGAUGCCUCCUCCGCCCCCCAUGUGGCGCCGCACCCCACCACGCAUGAGGAGAAGGUCUCGCUCCCCGCGCCGCAGGUCUCCUGUACGCCGGCGCUCUCGCUCCAGAUCCCCGGGACGCAGACGCCACCGCAGCCGCUCCAGCUCCAACUCCUCCCGCUAGAGCCUCGCCAGCGCCCUCUACUGGACACUCCUCACAGCUGCUGGAGAGACAGGAUCCUGUGACUCUAGAACAGGUUAAAUCUGCAGGAAAAGAGGGAAUCCUUCUAAUGAUCCCAGAGGGUGUCCCAGUGAUUUCUCAGUUACGAUUACGAGACAGAUUUUGGGAAACAAAGCCUGAAGACUUGUCAUACCACAUUCUCACGCAUCCUAGACAUGCCGUCUGCUCUUUUCUGAUAGGUUUUUUUUGUUGUUUUUUUUCUGCAGUAAAUGAAUAUUGCUAAUGUAUUGCCCCCGUGCCACCCCCUUCAAAUGAACUCAAGUAAUCUUCAGGUAGUACAGAAAUGACCCAUUAACCCCAGCCACAGGAAUUCUCUACAUAGGUGGUGUCUUUUUUUUAGGCAGUGAAAGCGUUGAGAGAAAAAAAAAGAGACGACUUAACAUUCUUAUGAUAGGAAGCUGUUGCUGCCUUCUGUGUAUAACCUACAAAAUGACUUAACACAACUUUAAAAAAAAAAAAAAAUCUAUGGCUUGUACUAUGUCUGCACCCUUUCUCUUUUGAAAUAAGUCCCUCUUCCACCUCAUUUGAAAAUGAGUGGGUUUUGUAUUUGUCACUGCUGUAAUAUACAGUUGUUUUCAAUAAAUUGUUUAAAUUCAGGACAGUGGAAUAAUCCAAGCCAUUAGUAUAAAAUGUGUUUUAAAGUACCAGGUAAUACUGAGUGUUCUACAAGUAGGAAGGUGGUGUUUGCUAGUUACUGAUUUCAUGUAAAUGAUUCAUUUUGUUUUUAAUAAGGUUCUUUCUGCCACUAGAAGCUGAGCAUAUUUACCUGGUUUAAAAAAAAAAGAAAGUUUGUGUUUUUGAUUGUUUUUAAUAAACUUUGGAAGUCUCA